CGUUAUCUCUCCAGUGCUGUUGACUAAAUGCACACUUUUGUGAAAGAAGAUGAAAAACAUACUGCAACAACAACAACAAGCUAUACGUCUAGGCGUGUCCAUACCUCACAGCUGGAUUACGUAAGUAGCACGUUAUGGAAGUGACUGUUGACUGGUAACGUUGCAGCUGGGACUGUCAUAGAAAAGUGCUUCUAGUAAUUGUGUGAAUGACUAUCUAUGUAAAUCUUUCUAUCAAUGACUCUAUGCAUCAUUCAAAUGGCUUGGCCCCAUUCGUGGUUUACACUGUGCACAAGGAACAGGAGCCGUAUUCGUAUUGCUUAAAAACCUCAAAUGCUCUGAUGGAGCGACGGUGUGAUGUGUCGUUUUAAUAGUCGAAUCGUAACCUUAUGGUAGAUAUCUAAUAGGCGUUGAGUCGGCUCAUUUUCCCAAAGAGACGCCCAUUUAUAAUCGCAUUGACUCGUCUCGCUCCCGGGCUAGUAAAAUAGCUUCAGGCAUAGCAGUAGUAAUUAAGGAAACAAUAGACUGUUUGGCCGCGGAUGGACUCGACCCCGUUAAGCUGGGUUGUUGGAUAUCGGCGAAGAAGGCUGGUCGUUUGCAACAAACGGGUUGACCCAAAGGAACUCAGAACUAUGGCAAAAGAGCCGAUGGGACUACGGCACUCCCAUGUUCCUGCAUUCUUCUGUGAUGAAAUACAAUCCUAUGACAAGGAAAUAGGCGAUAGCAGCAGACAACCUAUAACGACUCUCAUAGCUUUAGGGGUGGAGUUGUCAAACAAGUUGACCAGAGAAGCUAGUUGUUAUAUAUUUCGGUGUUAUCGCAUAGCAUAACUACAAUUUCUCGAGUAACUGUAGUUAUGACGCAAGUUAAAACACUAAAAAAGACACGCGGACUUUACCACAGUUUUUAAAGUUCAAAGUAAUGUUUUUCGUUCAAAAGCGAAUAUAGCGAGCGAAACCCCGGACUUGUUGGCCAACCAAAAAUUUAGUAGCUAGCUUAACCUGUAAAUCUUAAACUCGUCGUUCCCGUAUAACCCUCAACUUCUCUAUCGAUAUAAAUCAAAAUACAGAAGCAGGCUUUUGUUGCAUCCGUACGAAUAGAGGGACUACCGGAGUAGGUUACUCAUAGGGGGUUCAGCCUAGGUCGAACUAUCUCAUACCGCGCCAUGUGACAACUUGCCCUUUUGCAAGAGAGGCAUGCAUACGAAGCAUGCGAGAUCUACCUCAUCAUUCCAGAUGCGAAAGAAGAGGAAAUAAAAACAAAAGCCGGUGCGCAGCCAAAUAGACCGCGAAGGCCGUGUGCCAGAAGAGCUUAUAAGCACAAGAUGCGACGUAAGUUGAGAGCUUCUUUUUAAGGUACUGCGUGUGUGACAUAGUCGUCGUUCUUUUGUACGCCUAAGCGAAGGAUUUAUGAAUCGAAAGCUUAAGCUCCGUUUUUAUGUUCUAGACCGGCGAGAAAAAAGUAGUAGACAAGGCAUCUAGAAAGAAUAUCCACAGUAUAUCCAGCUUCUAUUCAGCUUAACCCGUCAUCUAAAAACGUCGAACCAGUUAAGCCAGAAUCAUCAAGUAGGCACAUAUAGUCGUUAUUGACUUACUUUAUAUACAUACAUCUAUACAUACAGAGAAGUCGGCAUCUACGAGAAAUAGCACACAACAAGAUAACGAGUCUGAAGAAAAAAACGCGUACAUAAACGGAAUAAUCUAUUCGACCCAGAAAACUCGACAAGCCAUUUACUUCAAAAAAAGAACAAAGGACGCUCCAACUAAACUAGCGUAAACCCAGCCGGUUAUCAACCUUUAUGAACAGUGAAUCACGUGACGAGAAACUGGGUCAUAAGCAGCGGUGUGCGCGCAAUAUAUUUCUGUGUCUCUGUGUCGGUGUGUGCAGGUUCGCCAAUGUAACCCGUGACCACUGUUAGCUCGUGGGUUGUAACAGAGCGUCAACCGCAAACCUAUCGAAUAUGCCAAACACCCAUAUGAAUGAUGAGAAAGUCAUUCGUGCAAUGUAAAGCAAGAAAACGCGACUGUCAAUAUUUCGAACUACUAAUACCCGCAGUAUUUGUGUUAUGUAGGACUAAGGUAAGGUAAGGUAUACAGGAACGGGCAAGAGCUCCCGAGUAGACGCAUUUCUGAAUGGUGUCAGACUGAUCGGAUCCUAUCGUUGAAUCUCAGUCUGAACUACACGUUCGCCUUGUUACGCUUCGUACAACUGCUAUUCGGGCAGUGGCACCCCGCUUUGGCAGUAAUAACUGCCAAGCAUUCACCUGGUGCCACGUAUUAUUACACCGUACUUCGCAAGCCAUCAAUGUGAUGCGCGCGAUCAGCAGUUGAAAUUAGAAAUGACAAUGCCCAGUAGAGGAUCGCCUGGAAGGUAUCUUCGGUACUGAGUGGCUGUCCAGAUCCGCAACCCAUUUCAGCCUAGGAGACUGCUCUGAGAAUCAGCCCUUCACCAAACUGAAGCGGAUUCUGCAGCAGAACGAGCAAAUAGGAUUAUCAACGAAUAUUAGAACUUUCAAAAGAACUGAAAAUCUUGCAAGAAGAAGAACAGCUGAGUAGUCCCAGAGCCAAGCAACAUAAAACACGAGAAAAAUUGAAUAGAAACUGCUACCUAUAGAAAUAGAUAUUGUAGUACAUUCCUUUCAGAGUACACUUUCUUGAUCUGCUACUUACUAUACCUCUAGCUGGAAUCUAGCCAGGAAUUAGGACAAUCAAACACUUCCAAGAUCAAAUUGUCGUUCUUCAUUGCCUUCCUCAAGAAAUUUUCCUACGAAAUCACUGUCCGUCAGUCGCCAUGGCACUCCUCUACCGAUUUACGAGACUCAACGAUAGGUCCAAUACUGGCAUCUUCACGUUUAUCGUGACACGAACGGUAACAAGAGACAUCCAUCGUGACGCUGUCACGAAAGACUUUGCGCACGGGUAUCACCGGUGGGCGUUGUCGUUUGUCCGAACUGAAAAAACUCUCGGAGUGUUCUUGGUGAUCCGGAAUCCCGCGCAAAGCUCAAGGUGUUGUGUGGACUUUACGUUGACAUUACUGAAUCGGGAGCAUUUCUCUCGUAAUGAAAGCUUAUCCGAAAAACAGACGCCGUUCACAGUCGACUCGCCUGCGCACGGCGCGGCCAAAUGGUUGCCCCUGGCGGAGCUGGCCGAGAGAAGGUUCGCUGACGAAACAGGCGAGUUCCUCGUCGAGCUGUCCAUGGCCAACGUGUCCACCAUGUUCGAUGCUGAUAUAAAGAUUCCGCCUCAUUACAUGGGCAACUCAAUCGGAGUGGGAGCUCACGAUGAGGGUCGACGAUACACAACAACUAUGCACCAGCAGCACAUUGUUAAGAUCGAGUCGCCCUUUUUAUCGUUUGGCGGGUUCGAAUGGAAUGUAGUAGUCCUGCCCUUCGGAAGUCCCGAAGAUAACGAGUCUCCCCGUGCACCCAAGGUUCUUCUCAACAGACUCACCGGAUUUGAGCAUCCGUGCCGUGUGCAGUACCGACUGGUCCUAGGCGGUGGCAAAAAUACGGUUGAAUCGGGCCUUCUGGAUCAAAUCUCAGACCUCGCUGGACGGAUACGCGGGUUCCCUUUAAAGGGUAUUUGUGGUUCGAUCAAAGAGUUGAUGUCGCCCAGGUCCGGUCAACUACACGUGCACCUGCAAAUGAUUUCGGCUAACGUUAUCUCGGAGGCGAAAGUUCCCAUUGCACCCCAGCAGAGCAAUAACAUAAAUAUGCAGCAGGGUAUUGUCGGCUUAGCUGGUUUAGGCGGAUUAUCGCCUUCAUCAACAGCGAACUGUUAUGAUCGGGAUAAGCAAGCGUGGACAGUUGAGGCUGAUUUCGAGAGAGACUACCUAAGACUCAAGCUUUUUUAUGCGGAUAUGGGAGCCGUUCCGCGUAACCAUUUACGAUACGUCGCUUGGAACACAUAUGUGAUCCGAGCACCACCUGGUGGCGGGAAAGAGAGUGUCCUGGCGGUGAACGCCCCUCACUCGGCUUAUUACGUACAGGACGGCAUGGACCUAGGCGUGCUCAUCGACGUUGACAUACCGACAAGGGUGCUUCGUGAGCAAUUAUCGCCGUAUGUUGACUCGCAGAACCAGCUGACAAUACAUGUUGAGUGGUUAGAAAACCAGCUUCUGUUUGGAGCGAACUACCAUCGAUAUGAUGACAUCGCUCGUAUACACCAACAGCAAAUGAAGCGGGAGGUUGCCGCUCUACAAUCAGAGAAUUAUACCCUGGAACGUCAAGUAUUCAGCUAUCAGCGAAGCAUAUCUUCUUAUCAAAUGCAGUCUAAUCAGAGCAAUAUGGUUCCGCUAGUUCCAAACGUUGGCAGACAUCCCAUACAACAGGGGCAUCAGAGCCAAAGCGUGCAGCAGCUACAGUCCCAGGGUCAGAUACACCAGCCCCCCACCAACAUCAAUCCCAGUUCUCGCAGCGGAGUAGCACCGUUAGGUCAUGAAGUUAUCGAAGACACGGAUGAAAUGCUGGCGAGAAGGCUGGCAGCGCACGGUCUCGGAAAUUCGGCCGCAACUGGUCAUAAUCCCCUGGCGUACGGCCCAAUACAGCCUGAUCAGGCAGGGAUGAAGCUUGGGCCACCUGAUAAUAUGGGACGGUCAACUGGCUCUCCGCACAACAACCUAAAUGACACAGGAUACUAGUACUAAAGAACUCUAGCUAAAAAGAUUAAUUAUAACCUGCUA